CACUGCAAUGCAAUAAAUCUUUAUGCCUCUUUGUUGAAUGAAUACACAACUUAUCUUAAGAUUUCAGGAAGUCUCGAGUAAUAAUUAUAUUUACAGGUAACUUGUCCUGAGCUCUGGCGUAAGACGUACAGAAAGACCCAUGGACCAAAGGAACAACGUCACUGAGUUUGUCCUGUUGGGGCUCACGCAGAGCCUUUGGGGUCAGAAAGUAUUAUCUGUUGUGUUCUGGUUUAUCUACAUUGUGACAGUGGUGGGCAACCUGCUCGUUGUCGUGACUGUCGUGGCCAGCCCCAGCCUGGAUGCCCCAAUGUACUUCUUUCUGGGCUACUUAUCAUUUAUGGAUGUUGCUUACUCGACUACAGUUACCCCGAGUCUGAUCAUCGGCUUACUGCGUGAGAGGAAAACCAUUUCCUUCCAGGCUUGCAUGAGCCAGCUUUUCACGGCACACUUGUUCGGUGGUGCCGAGAUCCUGCUCCUGGUGGCCAUGGCCUAUGACCGCUACGUGGCCAUCUGUAAACCGUUGCACUAUUUGACCGUCAUGAGCCAGCGCGUGUGCGUCGGGCUGCUGCUGCUGGCCUGGCUGGGAGGCUUCUUACACGCCGCGGUUCAGCUGCUCUUUGUUUACAACCUUCCCUUCUGUGGCCCCAACGUCAUCGACCACUUCAUCUGUGACAUGUACCCCUUGCUGAACCUUGCCUGCACGGACACCUACGUCAUCGGCCUGGUCGUGGUUGCCAACGAUGGGGGCAUCUGUGCGGUCAUCUUCGUGCUCUUGCUCGUCUCCUACGGGGUCAUCGUGCGCUCCCUGAAGGCCCCGAGGCAGGAGGGGAGGCACAAGGCUUUGUCCACCUGUGGCUACCACGUCACUGUCGUGGUCCUCUUCUUCGUCCCUUGUAUUUUCAUGUACGUGAGACCUCCUUCUACCCUCCCCAUCGAUAAGUCCUUGACCGUGUUUUACACCGUCGUCACCCCCAUGCUGAACCCCCUCAUCUACACGCUGAGAAACAGGGAGAUGAAGAGUGCCAUGGAAAGGCUCUGGGCCAGACAAAGAAAAUGA